AUGCAGAUUCUACCAUACCUACACUCAAGGUCAUACGAGACGCGUUCAGCCGCCUCGACUGCCCUUUCCCAGAUAUUCGCAUUGGUACCACUUUGGAAGCCGUAUCCAGAUGUUGAGUCCAAGUCUUCUGAGCAGGAGUCUGCGCUGCAUCCUCCAGAAUUUCCGUCCUUCUCAGUCUGUGAGCUAAUGGAGAAGGGCACACUUCUCCUCGCCUCCUCGGGCAAAGAGUUCGUAAAGCCGACCGGCAUUCUCGCCAGUUCGUCAGAGGUGAAGAAGGCCCGCAAGGAAGCCAUGGGUCGCCUAGGGCUGGACUUCCUUGAUAGCUUUGGGGGAGACGACGACAUGGAUAUUGAGAAAGAACUCGCUGCGGAAGAGACUCACCAAGACAUCGACAUGGAUGAGCACACGAAGAUGGAAGAAGACCAGCACAUGCUAUCCCCGGUAGACCAAUCAAUGGACACCCAGGUCAAGAAAGAGCUUAGCCCGCCUGCGCGCUCCAGGACCAGCACGCCGGUUACCACUGCGAGUCCAGCGCCUGAGGUAAUCAUGACGGACGAUACGUCCACUCUAUCCGCGCGUGAACGUAACCGCCUGAAGCGCAAGCGCAAGCCGGGAAACAACGCGUUCGUGGCGCCUCCCCCUCCAGCUCAGGGUGCAGGUUCUAAAUUUAACACGGCGCCUGCAGGCCCAUCGAAAGCUCGACUUGUAGCGGCAGAUAACCAAGCGUCUUCUAGCAAGACCGGAAGUCCAAAGUCGCCCGUUGAAACAACGCCUCAAGAGCGCGUUGUCAUUGAUCCGUCAAAGGGCGGCGCUGUGUCGCCGAAGGCAGAGAAGCAGUCAAAGGCGCUCGAAGUGCAGCACGGACAUUGGGUGUGGGAUGGCUUAGUAAAGAUUCUGGAAGUUGAUUUGUUCAGCCCCGCAUGGGAAGUGCGGCAUGGCGCGGCCAUGGCGCUCAGAGAGCUGCUCAAGUUACAGGGAAAGUAUGGCGGCAUGCAAGUGACUCUUGCGUGGGAGGAUAAUUUGAUUGCCCAUGAACGAUGGUGCAAUGACCUCGCCGUCAAGUUCCUUUGUGUCUUCGUACUUGACAGAUUCGGCGACUUUGUAUCCGACCAGGUUGUCGCUCCCGUCCGGGAGACGGUGUCACAGACGCUCGCUUCGUUACUCAUUCACAUGCCGCGAAGAUCAGUCCUGCACAUCCAUUCCAUCCUCCUGCAAAUGAUCCGACAAGACUUCCCCGUCUCUGUGAAGUCAGUGAAGGGUAGAAUUGUAGAGCUUAAUGACAGAGGUCAUGUUUGGGAAGUCCGCCAUGCCGGGCUGCUGGGGAUCAAGUACGAAGUGGCUGUCAGAAGCGACCUCGUAAAUUCUGCGUCCCAGGCAGAGCCCGAGGAAAAGCAAGAUGGCAAGAAAGUGUUAAGGGGUGUCGUGGACGCUGCUGUGCUGGGUCUCGGGGACAGAGAUGACGAUGUUCGCUCUGUCGCGGCGUCCUGCCUAUCGCCAGUCGCAGCGCAUCUCGUCGAGCAGUUGCCGGAAGAGCUGAGCCGAGUACUGGCUGUCUUGUGGAGUUGUCUCAGUAACAUGAAGGAUGAUCUGAGCUCUAGUGUUGGCGGCGUGAUGGACUUGCUUGGAAAGCUCGUCACCUACGACCAGGUCAUUGAGAUCAUUGGUGACGAGACACGAUCGCAUCCGAUCACGGUCUUAGCACCGACCCUGUUUCCCUUCUUCCGACACACGAUUGCAAAUGUACGGCUGGCGGUCGUCAAGACGCUGUACAUUUUCAUGACGGUGCCAACGUUGUCCAAGGACUGGAUGACGCUGCCCUUCCUUCGACUCUUGUACCAGAACCUCGUCGUUGAGGAACGCAACGACAUUCGCGAGGCAACCUUGUCGGCGUGGAGGCUUGUCCUGUCGACACUUAGCUCAGUAGCCGGUUGGAUGGAGGCGCUUAUCAGCCAACCACUUCUUCUGGAAUGGUACGCGGUGCUCAUGACGCCGCUCGGACUUCCUCUCGACGCGUCAAAUUUCUAUGACCCGACCGUGUCAUCCGACCAUGAGCGGCAUAACGUUGAUAAGAACAUGCUUGCGCAGGAUCUAGCGUUGAUUUCGGUCGAGAUUGUGCUCAAAGCUCGAAUAGCUGCUGCAUCUGCAUUGGCUUAUGUCAUUGCGUUCUGGCCACGCACGGGUCUGCAACUCGACGAUAUGUUCCGUCCGAUCCUGCUUCAUUACCUUGACUCCACCAGUAUGCUUCAGAAGUUCUUAGCAGCGACUGUGGCGGAAGAAUGGGCCAGAGAGCACGACUUGACCGCAGGUGAAAAGGCGCCGUUGCUCAUAGAGACGUCCACCCUUGCCGCGGAGAUUAGCACGAAGACGCUGUCAUGGCUGCAAGCCGAUCCGCCGGCCGCGUAUCAUGAGAUGGCCUUCACGCUCGCCCGCAUUCAAGGCGAGUGCUACAACCUUUUACAAUCAUUCGCACAAGACUGCAAGAUCCCGUACUCGUCGAUUCCUAUCCUGAGUACUGAGGUCGACGUGACGGGCACGAAGCAGGGUUGCUUCACGAUCCAGACUGCGCAAGAUGCGGUGGGCGACAUGUUCACGAAGCUGAAGGAUAGUCUUGGGAGGACGAAGAAGCGCGAACUGGCGAUCAUCAAGGACAAGCGGACGAAGGUGACUACGAGUAUCGAACACUACAUCGAGGUGAAGGCGCAGUAUGACGUCCGGGUAUCAGCUGCUUUCGCUGCCGCCUUCGUGGCGUUGAAGAGCACGCCGGAUAAAGUGAGCCCAAUCGUGAAGGGUAUCAUGAACAGUAUCAAGAACGAGGAUAAUGCGGAUCUGCAGACGCGAUCGGCCAUUGCUGUGGCGUCCUUUGUCGAAUUUUGUGUGCAACGAGAUUUGUCUCAGCCACCUGACAAGAUCGUCAAGAACCUGUGCACAUUCCUAUGUCAGGAUACCGAGCAAACACCCACUUUCGCGUAUGCUCGUAAGAUCACGUCGGGUAUUCUCUCGUUUGCUAAGGCGCAGGGCCUCAGCAAGGAGAGCGGGGAGAAAGGCACAACCAGCGCAGAGGAUAUUGCCAAAGCUCGUCUGUCGCGUCGAGGCGCUCAGUUCGCCUUCGAAGAACUAUCAAAGAAGUUUGGCCCAAGACUUUUGGACGUUGUCCCGAAGAUGUGGCAGUCGAUGGCAGGCGGGCUUCUCAGUCCUUGCUCAACUGACACAGUCGAGAGCAUGGACAAGACAAUCGGGAAACAGUUUGGCCAAGAUGUCAUCGAUUCCUUCAGCGUCUUGGAAGCUGUUGUCCCCACAUUCGACGCCGCCCUCUGGCCGAAGUUUACGGAGUUGUUCCCUAUGAUCAUCCUUGCUCUACGUAGCCAGUUUGCCAUCAUCCGCCAAUCCGCCGCCAGAUGUUUUGCGACAAUGUGCGACGUAAUGACCGUUGACGCCAUGCGAUGCGUGGUCGAGACGGUUAUCCCCUUCAUCGGCGACUCGUUGACCUUGUCUAAUCGUCAAGGUGCCGUCGAACUCAUGUACCACAUCGUGCAGAAGCUUGAUAUCAAGGCGCUACCCUACGUCAUCUUCAUGGUUGUCCCCGUCUUGGGCCGCAUGAGCGAUAUUGAUGACGAUAUUCGGUCUACUGCGACAAAUACAUUCGCUUCCCUCGUCAAGAUGGUUCCUCUAGAGGCCGGUCUUCCUGACCCUCCAGGUUUCUCCGAAGAAUUGAUGCAGCGCCGUGACGAAGAACGACAAUUCCUUAUGCAGCUACUUGAUGGCAGUAAAGUCCAGCAGUACAAUAUCCCUGUCACGAUCAAGGCGGAGCUGCGCAAGUAUCAGCAAGAAGGAGUCAACUGGCUUGCAUUCCUGGCGAAAUAUCAGCUGCACGGCAUCCUAUGUGAUGAUAUGGGUCUAGGCAAGACGUUGCAGUCGAUCUGCAUCCUGGCUAGUAAACACUAUGAGCGAGCCAAGAAACAUGAGGAGAUGAAGUCGCCAGAUUCUGUCCACCUUCCAUCGCUCAUUGUCUGUCCGCCCACACUAACCGGACACUGGUACUACGAGAUUUUGAAGUACACAGAGAACCUGAAGCCUGUGCUCUACACCGGGAACUCUCGCGAGCGGGGUAAGCUGCUUGGCAAGCUCAAGAAAUUCGAUGUGGUGAUCACGUCGUAUGAGGUGGUACGGAACGAUAUCGCAAACUUGCAAGAGAUCAACUGGCACUACUGCAUUCUCGACGAGGGACACAUUAUCAAGAAUGCGAAGACGAAGCUCACGAAGGCUGUCAAGAGCAUUAGGGCGCAUCAUCGCCUCAUCCUGUCCGGGACGCCAAUUCAGAACAACGUCCUGGAACUGUGGAGUCUCUUCGACUUUUUGAUGCCUGGGUUCCUUGGUACCGAGACGUCGUUUAGCGAACGGUUCAGUAAGCCCAUUUUAUCGAACCGUGACGGGAAAUCCAAGAAUGGAGAAGCUGCUGCUCUGGCUCUCGAGGCAUUGCACAAACAGGUCUUGCCAUUCCUCCUGCGUCGUCUCAAAGAGGAUGUCCUCAAUGAUCUGCCGCCCAAGAUUAUUCAAGAUUACUACUGCGAGCUAUCGGAGCUCCAGAAGUAUCUAUACGACGAUUUCUCGAAAUCCCGUGCUGGGGCUACUGCAGAAGAUGUCGUCCGUUCCGGUUCAGAGCAGGGUGGCAAGGGCGAGCAGCAGCACGUGUUCCAAUCGCUGCAAUACUUGCGGAAGCUGUGCAACCACCCAGCGCUCGUACUCAAGAAUGACAAGCCGGCUAUCGUUGACGCUUUGACACAGAUUGGCCAGAAGUCUGGGACGGGCGACUUGAGCGAUAUUCAUCAUGCACCAAAGCUGCUUGCCUUACGACAACUCCUAGUUGACUGUGGCAUAGGAUCAGCGCCAGGAGUAACGGGCGAGACUGUCAAGAGCGAGCUUGCUGAUGCAGAAACGACCACUGGUUCAUUCUCGCAACAUCGUGUCCUCAUCUUCUGUCAAAUGAAGCAGAUGCUGGACAUCAUUGAGAAGGACCUCUUCAAGCAGCACAUGCCCUCAGUGACCUACAUGAGACUGGACGGCGGUACUGACGCCAAAAAGCGACAUGCCGUCGUGCAGACCUUCAACUCAGACCCUAGCAUCGACUGCCUACUGCUGACGACACAUGUCGGUGGACUUGGCUUGACAUUGACGGGCGCUGAUACGGUCAUCUUCGUUGAACACGACUGGAAUCCGAUGAAAGAUCUCCAGGCGAUGGAUCGAGCACAUCGAAUAGGACAGAAGAAGGUUGUCAACGUGUAUCGGCUCAUUACGAAGGGCACUUUGGAAGAGAAGAUCAUGGGGUUACAACGCUUCAAACUGAAUAUCGCAAACUCAGUCGUGACACAGCAAAAUUCUGGUCUAGCAUCGAUGGAUACGGACCUCGUGUUGGACCUCUUCAGGCGGACGACAGAGGAAGAAAACGCCUCGACAUCCACGAAAAGGAAAGAGAAGGACGGGCCGCCGAUGCCCGGCCAGAAGAAUGUACUCCGCGGUCUAGAAGAUCUGCCUCCGGAAGAGGAGUACGAGGGCUUAGACCUGUCGAGCUUCAUGGGCUCUCUCGGGAAACGAUGA